CAAUCGUUGUUUUGCAAUAGUGUCGGGCAUGACCGGAACACAAACCGGCCUUUAGUCAGAGUCACGUGCUGUUAAGGUAGCUCCGCCUGAUGGCUCCUGACCAGGAACGACAUGUCUUGGAGCUCACCCCGGUACAACAAACGAAAGUAGUGAAUAUGAUGGCUCUCAUGUUCAUGACCAAAGCACCCAUAGCCGUCAAAAUGAUUCUUUGAGCUUUGUCGACGUCACGCUCUCGACGUGUGCUUGUUGGGUGGAGAACGAGAAGUGGAAUGGAUCUGAAACCGAGAAUAACCUUUUGAGUUCGAUAUCCAGUAGUUAAAAAGUUCGCCUUGAAGAUUAUGAAGCCUGUCAAAUCCUUGUGUUAUCAUCUUGGCUUCUAUCCGCGUAUCCGGAUGAUUUUUGCUGGGAACAGAUGUUCCCUCGUCUCGCAGUGCAAGGUGUAAAGUUCCGAGACAAUUGAUGCACAGCAGAACUUCCUGUCAUCAUUCCACGAUGCAAAGCUGAUUUGUUUUGGUCGCUUUGCGAGCCAGAGAGCAGUCAAAAUCAACCAGCUCGGAUUGAUCAUUGUCUUCAUCCAGCGCCAAUUGUGGCGUCAGAAGAAGCUUUUGGCCGCCGGACUUGGCUCCCAUGAUCUCCAAUGGCAAGCUUUUGCGGCUUCAAAUUCCACGCCUUGACUGCCCAAAAUGGUUCAGUGUUUCUUGGCCACCAUGGAUGUUCGCUUGGCUCCGUCAUUAAGAUAUGGAAAAUCGCGUGCCAGAACAACACCUCAUCUUUUUCAACAACACUUCCUCUAAACAUGUUGUCUCGGAAGACUGCGGAAAAUACAAAAAUACUGUCCAGCGACAAUGCUCGGAUUGCACACGAAGACACGGAAUUGGCCUGUGAAUAACCAGACGGCUCGCUGCCGUGCCGGUUUUGCGCGUUUUGAAAAUAUGACAGCAGUGGAUUCGAUCUCACCUGACUGGAUGUUUGUCAGGACCUCCAUUUCUAUCCGAACAGAGAAAUCCUCUAUGUGUAAAGGAGGCGCAUGAAAAUGAGAUCCACGUGUGGUCAUGAGCAGCACUUAUAGGAUGAAGAGAGCGCCCCUCUUCAUCUGAAAAUUCAUUCCAGAGGUUCGGCAGACUCCUGUCAUCCACACUUCAUUAUCGCGCCCCUCAGAUGGCCUAACAAUUAUAACAGACUUUCCCACAAAGGAGUUGUUAUUGGACCACGCCACCUGCUUCAGGCCAAGAUUGCGCGGGCGGAUGCCUCCCUGGCCCUGCAUAUACUAAGCUUCCUCGGCGUAUCCGCAAGCUUUUGCCAAUAUCUCCCCGUCAUCUGGGAAUAGAUGUCAAAUUGUUUGAGGUCUCUUGAAUCCUCAUUCAAUCAGCCUGCUCACACACCCCACGUGUUGAUUUUGUCUCCAUAUUUCUCAAUCGCGGGCUCGGGGUAGUGCCCGCUUUGGACGCUGGGAUAAGCUCUGGGGAUGCUUGAUUGGUGGUGAGGCGUUUCGUCGGCGGUCGUCCAAAUGGGGAUCUGUUCACACGAGCUGCCCAGAGGUCUGGCACCGCCCCUGGACAAGAAGUAAAUAUUCCCGCUAACACGAAUAUUCACCUGUUCAUGCACGUUUGCCUUUCGCUCUGGUGGCCGGAGUACUUGCUACGGGGCGAUUCGAACAUGUACAUAUAUUGGAUGCAUCCCCUCCUGCAUCAUGAUCCUGUAGGCUACUCCCCAGGACAAGACCCUCGAAACUACCGAUACAAUGGCUGAAGUCAGAGCAGACGGAACUACAGCAGGCGGUAACGCUGCCUUCCACAACUUUCACAAUGACUUCGCACACAUCCAAGAUCCUAACGAGCGUCGAAGACUUGCUCUCGCAGAGAUCGAUAAGGCUCCCUUUGGAUGGUACCAUGUUCGUGCUAUUGUUGUAGCCGGUGUUGGUUUCUUCACAGACCAAUAUGAUAUCUUCACUGCGUCUUUCCUGACCAUUAUGUUGGGCAUUGUCUACGAACAUGGCAACAAUGGAAAGCUUCACGUCGCUCAAGAUACCGCCAUCAAGGUCGCCACAUCCGCAGGAACCGUUCUUGGACAAUUUGGUUUCGGAGCCCUGGCUGAUAUCCUCGGACGAAAGAAGAUGUACGGAAUCGAAUUGAUCCUGAUCAUCAUUGCCACACUCGCGCAAACCAUGCUUGGCACAGGACCUGGAGUUUCAAUCGUUGGAACAAUCAUUUUUUGGAGAGUAAUCAUGGGAAUCGGUAUUGGUGGAGACUACCCUCUAUCAUCUAUCAUCACCUCCGAAUUUGCAACUACCAAAUGGCGAGGAGCAAUGAUGGGUGCUGUUUUCUCCAUGCAAGGUUUCGGUCAACUUGGUGGGGCUCUUGUCAUGUUAAUCGUCGUUGUUGGUUUCAAGGGGUCCCUUGAGUCUGCUGCUACCUAUGGCAAAUGUUCUGGAGUCUGCGGUUUGGCUGUUGACAAGAUGUGGCGUAUCCUUAUCGGAAUGGGCGCUGUGCCAGCUGUGAUUGCACUCUACUUCCGCCUCACCAUCCCUGAAACCCCCCGCUACACAUUUGAUAUUGCUCGAGAUGUUGAGAAAGCCAACGUCGAUGUUGCAGCUUACAUUAACGGCAAGCCAUCUGGCGUAGUCUCAGAUGAUGCAAUCGCACAUGUGAAGCAAGAUGCAGCCGCACUUGAGGUUCCCAAAGCGAGCUUCCGCGACUUCAUCAGCUUUUACGGCACAUGGAAGAAUGGUAAAAUUCUACUCGGCACGGCUGGAUCAUGGUUUUUCUUGGACGUUGCUUUCUAUGGUCUUGGUUUGAACAGUGCCACUGUUCUUACUGCUAUCGGCUACGGAACAGGUCCAACUGUUUACAAGAUCCUCUACAACCUCGCUGCCGGAAAUUGCAUCCUCAUCGCAGCUGGUGCAAUUCCUGGAUAUUGGACCACCGUCGCAACUGUUGACACUAUUGGACGCAAACCUAUUCAACUCGGAGGCUUCAUUAUCUUGACCAUACUCUUCAUCGUAUGGGGUUUCGAUUUCAAGAACCUCUCUGGCCACGAUCAAUUAGGGUUCUACAUCCUCAUCCAAUUCUUCUUCAACUUCGGUCCAAACGCAACAACAUUCAUCGUCCCCGGCGAGUGUUUCCCAACACGAUACCGCUCCACAUCUCACGGCUUCUCCGCCGGAAUGGGCAAGAUCGGAUCCAUCAUCGCACAAGCCGCCAUCGCACCUCUCCGUACUCGCGGUGCGACCAAGACCAACGCCAGUCCUUGGCAAAACCAUGUCAUGCAGAUCUACGCCCUUUUCAUGUUCCUCGGUAUCUUCACCACGCUGCUCAUCCCUGAGACUAAGCGCAAGACUCUCGAAGAGCUGUCUGGAGAGUAUGAUCUCAAGGGAGAGACUAUGACUGCUGUUCCUAUUUCAGGGGAGACUAAGACGGUGGGUGGAGACAGUCAGGAGGCGAAGAGUCUUUAAAUGUAUACAUAGAAAGGGGGACAUCGUGUAGCUGCAUAGUGCCCAGUUGUGACGACUUGCACGCACGAGUCUACAAUUUGAACAACAUCAAUAGAAUUAAUUUUCUUUGUAAUAGAUCAGCAUUACAUUUUCAAAAAUAGCCGUUACAUCAUUUUCAAUAAUUUAUUUCAUCCAGAG